GCCUUUUACCAAAUCCACACCAUUAUCAAGUCCACCACAGAUAGAAGGAGAAAGGGAUUUAACUCAGAGAUCAACUUCUCUCCUCCCGAUACAAAAUCCCUGAGAUUCCUUCUCCAAAACCCACAUCGAAUCCCACCUCAGAUCCCCACAAUGCUCCAACUUUUAUCUUCCUCUGUUUUCUUCUUCUUCGUGUAAAAAAGAACAUCAACCACUGUUGUUUGAUUUCUCUCAUUGCUUUUUUUUUGCUAUGGAACUGGCUAAAUCUCGAUUGUACAUGUGUAAUUGCUUUUCCCCAACAAGAUUCUCCGAUUACUCUGUAGCUGGAAGUGACUAUCCAGACGCCAUAGGAGCCAUCAAUUUCAAUUUCAAUUCGAUUCCCAAUUCCUCUUAUUUUUCUAUUCGAUGCUUAUGAUCUUCAAUCUCAAUUUCAAAUCUUUUUAUCACUAAAAAAGAAUGUUGUGUGCGUCAUCUUCUUCCUUUGGUCAUGCAUCUAUGACUAUGGCUUCUUCACCACUUUCCAGAUUUGUUGGUACUACUCUCAGGUGUGAUGAUCAACGUCGUCCUUCUUCUUGGAAGAUGAGGAAUCCGAUUAGAACUUCUGCUUACCCUCUCUUUCUCAAUCAGCUUAACAAAGACUCAACAAGACCCAACACUUACAAAGAGGUCACUAAGCCCUUUCGCCAGAUCUUUGCUCAAGAGAUCUCUACACAAUCGAAAGACGAUGAUAUUUCGAUUGCUAAGGUUCUCUUGUACAUUGCUGCUGAAGAUGAAGCCUUCUUGGCUUUUAACCGGGAGAUGGAUGCUAUGUCUUUCGUAAAAGAGAACCAAUCUGAUUCUGAGGAGGAGCAGGAAAGUGUCCAAGACCAAUCUUAUCCUAGUAAGACAGACUCUGAGGAGCACCUACUGCAGUUGGAUGGAAAGAGCAUAUCCGAAUGGCUGAGUGAGCUAGACGCAAUCUCCAAAGAAGUAGAGGCAGAACUAGUCUCACGAGACAUCGGCUGCCACUCGGUUCAAAUUCUCGAAGCUGUGAACACAGUUCUCUUCGACACGAGAGGCUUCGAGAGGACAUCAAAACGCUUGGCGUUAGACCCCAAGUACUCCUACCUUCACUCUGUACUUAACUCUAGAUGCGGCACUGCAUUCUUGUUUAGCGUUAUAUACAUUGAAGUUUGCCAGCGUCUCGGCUUGCCUAUCGUGGGAGCUCGAGUUGGGGAAGAGUUUUUGAUUUGGCCUAAGACUGAGAAUCCUGAAGAACUCUUUAGUGAAACUUCAGGACAGAGCUUGUUUGCUAUUAUCAAUGGAAGGUGCGUUGAUGAUCCUGGUUCAAUGGCAUCGGAUUUAACCGGAAAGUCACUUCUAGGCCUUGAUGUUGCUACAAACAGAGACAUCAUAGGGAUUGCUCUCGCCAACUUGAUUAGGGUUCACUGGAGACGUGCUUCGAAGCCAUCACCUGGACUAAUGCUGACUUCUCCUCUUAGUCAACUUAAUAGCGUCAGUGUUUCUAAUUUUCCACUGUUGCGGCCUCAAGAUCUUAGGUUGGCUAUUGCGGCUGCUGAAAGGCUGUUGAUUUUGGAACCUCUUAACUGGCGACUUCGAAGAGACCUUGGUAUGAUGCACUACUACGUCAGGCAAUCUAGAGAGGCUAUUCAAGAGCUGAGCAUAUGUAUAGCCUUUGCAUUUGACGAAGAAGAAGCAAAAGUGUUGACGCUUUUUGUUGAGAAACUUCAUCUGCUCUCGUCGUUGAAGUCGCCCUUUGGCUCUGAUCGCUUGGCCGUUCGCUGAGAACCCCCCUCUCUAUCUCUCUCUACUUCACUUGUGAAUACUCUUUUCUAUUUCUCUUUUGUGUUUGGAUAAACCCCUUUUGUGGGGAGACGUGUAACUUUUGUUGUGUGUAACUCUUUUACCUUCUUCUGAUCAGAGUAAUAAUUGAUUUCUCCCCAUGGGAGAAACAAAACA